AUGCAUUUCACUCUUGUUGUUACAGCUCUUCUAAGCUUGGUCGACUUGUCAUUUGGAUGGGCCCAGGCAGACAACGGGGUAUGGGUUGCAAAUAACACCUAUCACACAAUUCGCGGCGAUAACGUGCAUGAGGCAUGCACAGUAAUGAACACACAGCAAAUCCAUGGAGGUGCUUGUGCUUACUGGGUUGAUGGAAACGGUAAAAUUUUCAAUGGACACUGUGCAGUUAUCAUGGGACAGGAUGCUACUACGAUCAUGUGCAAGUAA